UGGAGGAAGUUGCAAUGGUCUUAAAUGAUCCUCUGAAGGAGCUUGGCGAGACGUUACUAAAUGCAUCAUCUACCCAUCUGACAGCAGCUAAUCCCAUAAAUGCAGCUUUAAAUAGAGGAAAUUCAUGGAGCAUGACAACGUUCGGCCAGUUGACCGCCACUUACUCGAAAUGUAUCAGUAUGAAGGACCAAAGGCCAACGCAGUAAUAGUUGUGCACUUACGCUAGACAAUCAGGGCCUCGAUGGAGACGAAAAUUACAGUCUUUUCCUCAACAUCUAAUCUCUGCACUCUUCUCAUACUUGUCGUGUUCUCUUUUGCUGUUUCUCCUUCCCACGCUAGCCUCUCUUUCAACUUCUAUGCAGUUUCAUGUCCAGGUGCAGAGUUCAUGGUUAGCAACACAGUGAGAUCAGCUUCCUCUGCCGAUCCAACCAUCCCUGGGAAACUACUGCGCCUGUUGUUCCAUGACUGUUUCGUGGAGGGUUGUGAUUCGUCAGUACUAUUACAAGGAAAUGGGACAGAGCGAACUGAUCCAGCUAACACCUCUCUCGGAGGGUUUUCAGUUAUUGAUUCAGCUAAAAGGGUGCUCGAAAUUUUCUGUCCAGGAACUGUUUCUUGUGCUGAUAUUAUUGCUUUGGCUGCAAGAGAUGCAGUUGCAAUUGCUGGUGGACCUUCAGUUCAGAUUCCAACAGGAAGGAGAGAUGGCAGGAUAUCCAACGCUGCAAAUGUCAGGCCCAAUAUUGUAGAUACAAGUUUUACCAUGGAUGAGAUGACAAAGCUCUUCAGCUCUAAAGGCUUGUCUCUGGAUGACCUGGUUACGCUAUCAGGUGCUCAUACAAUAGGACUAGCUCACUGUAAUGCAUUCAGCGAUCGAUUCCGACAGGACUCCAAGGGAAAGCUGACGCUGAUUGACACAUCCUUGGACAGUACCUACGCAGAAGAGCUUAUGAAAAAGUGUCCAGCAGGUGCAAGCACAUCUACCACUGUCAGCAAUGAUCCCGAGACAGCCUUGGCGUUCGAUAAUCAGUACUAUACCAAUCUCUUGGCCCACAGAGGGUUGUUUCAGUCAGAUUCUGUUCUUGUAAAGGAUGGAAGAACGAGGAAACAAGUGGAAGCUUUUGCAAACGAUCAGGAAAGCUUUUUCCGGAGUUGGGGGGAGUCAUUCUUGAAGCUCACAACCAUCGGAGUGAAGACAGAUGAUGAAGGGGAAAUCCGGCAGUCUUGUUCAUUUGCUCAUUAAUGGGUGAAGAUAUAAACCCAAAAAAAAAAAAAAACUUUGGGUAUUGUUCAGCAUGCAUCAAAACGAUAUUAUUCGUCUUACUGUACAAAUAAUGGCUCUUAUGCUUGUAACAGUGUCUAUAUACGUAUAGUGUUCAUACAGUGUCAGGUUACAUAUGUUAAUUUGAUGUUGGUUUCGUCUAGACUUAUAUAUAUUGGAGAAAUCUAAUCAUUUCCUGGAA